CCAUGAUCAUCAAGAACUCGGCGCAACCCAAGGUUCGAAUUAGGAGGUCCCCGAGAUGACAGCACGUGUAUGCUGCCCACCUUACCCGGUGAUUUUACCACUCUUAGUUUUACAAGCAACCGCUGGCCAACUGAGUGGGGGACAAAGGGUACCAAUCUCUCAAGGGAUUUGGACUGGUCUUCUCGACGGAAGGAGGAAUAACCCCGAUUUGACUCUGCGUCGUGUGCAAAACAAAUGGGUCAUCAUCCAGUAUAAGUAUAUCUACUAGUGAUGCAUGCAUGCAUUCCGAUUUGGCCACGCCUCUCAUGUCCUCAGCGGCAGACUCGGAGGCUACCAUCGAUGCCUUCGUGAGCUCCAUACAUCCCAGUUUCGACUAUAUCAUCGUAACCACCGCUUUCUCUGCCUGUCUGUUUACUCUCUUCGUAAUCCUUUUCGCACUAUCCACCAAGGAAUCUCGGCGCCGCCUGGCAUUCCGGCUGAAUGUGCUUGCCAUCUGCAUCGCCUUAGUCACAGGCAUAUUGUCUGGCGUAUCCAAUGGGAAGGUCAUAGUCGACCCGUUCAAUCCGCUGUCGACAAGUGUUUUUCUUGCUGUGAUUGUCUUCAUCAUCUUCCCACCAUUGCUGUACGACUCGAUAUUGUUAACUCGGCUCUUUGCACUCUAUCCCCUCUCCAGCACACCUCCGUUCACUCUAUUGAAGAUAUUUGCAUUCCCCUUCUGCAUCAAAUGUGGUCGGGUGAUUGUUAUCACACUCGGUGUUCGUUCCUACGUUGGGACUGGGUUGACGACCGAGGCUCUUAUCCAGGAUCAGUCUUCCUUCUGGUUUCGUAGCCCUUACUUAACUGCUGAGUGGACGAUGCAAAUCGCCGAUAACCUGUACUCUGUCAGCCUUUUCCUUUACAACCUCUACAUCCGCACAUCACCAAUAAAAAGAACGCGCGGCAUUGCGGAGCGCAUCCGCCAAAUCUUCUACAUCUCUGUUGCCAAUUUUGUCUUCCCUCUUAUGUUCAACAUUGCACAAAUCAUCCUCGUAACGACUGAUCGGUCCCCCACUGCUGGUGCGGUGGUGCUCUUGAUCAACAACUAUGUAACUGUCAUGGGGGUAUUGUGCGCAACCCUGUGGUUCUCAGGAUCGGAGCGGGUUCGGACUCACAAUGAACCGUUCUCUGAUCACAUGCUCAACUCGCCCAAACCGAACUUUGGAAGGGGUCGUGUGGUGCGCGAAGAGUGGGAGCUCAACUGUAUUAACGAGGAGGGCUCUGUUACGCGUGAUACUACAGGCCUGGACAUUGGGAUGGACCCCAGGCAACUUACCACUCCGGAGAAAGAGAGCGAGUACAUCUUGGUGUAACUCACUGGUCCCGUUAACAGAGUAGUGACCCUUCUCAAAAUUGGAUGGCGAUGCUCCUAUGUCGAUGAGCCAUGUAUGUACGUGACACUGCUGUAGGUGUAUGUAUGAAGUUACCUGUAUCACACACCGGAGGGCAUCUCCGCUCCGUACCCCGAUUAUCAAGGUCAUUCUUGCCCUGAAGCUUGAAGGUUGACAGGCGUAUACGUGGCAGUUAUAUCUUUGUUUAUCAUCGAGCUCCAUUAGGCUAAUCUAUUCAUCCAGCACUCUACCGAUCCUCCGUGCCGGACACAAGGUAGCAGUUAGCACCGAUAUGUUAGUGCUCCCGCAUCUGCAAAACUACCCGAGGGAGUGAGCAGG